AUGAUGGAUCCAUGUUCGGUUGGAGUUCAGCUUCGUACCACAAAUGAAUGCCAUAAAACCUACUAUACUCGUCAUACAGGUUUCAAGGCUUUGCAAGAAUUAUCAUCAAAUGAUAUGCUUCUACUUCAACUUAGAACUGGAAUGACACUUUCUGGGAACAAUACAAUUUGCUUUCAUCAUGCAAAAAUUUACAUUGAAAGAUUUGAGGAUUUGCAGAAGUCAUGUUGUGACCCCUUUAACAUACAUAAAAAGCUAGCCAAAAAGAACUUGCAUGUAAUUGACUUAGAUGAUGCCACUUUUCUGAGUGCAAAAUUUGGCAGACAGCUUGUACCUGGUUGGAAGCUUUGUCCAAAAUGCACCCAGAUAAUCAAUGGAAGUGUGGAUGUUGAUUCUGAAGAUCGGCAGAAAAGAAAACCUGAUUCAGAUGGAAGAACUGCUAAAGCUUUGAAGUCCUUGCAGUUUGCAAAUCCAGGAAAGCAAACUGAAUUUCCUCCAGAAACUGGUAAAAGAGAAAAAAGAAGGCUUACAAAAAGUGUAACUUCUGGUUCAGACAGACAAGUGAUACCAGCAAAGAGUAAGGUCUAUGAUAGCCAGGGUCUCCUGAUUUUCAGCGGAAUGGACCUCUGCGACUGCCUUGAUGAAGAUUGCUUAGGGUGUUUCUAUGCCUGCCCUGCCUGUGGUUCCACCAAAUGUGGAGCUGAAUGCCGCUGUGACCGCAAGUGGCUCUAUGAGCAAAUCGAAAUUGAAGGAGGAGAAAUAAUUCACAAUAAACAUGCUGGAUAA